GUCGCAACCCAGCCAGGGAAGGCAGGCUCCUCUGAUAGGCGUGUCGGGGGCGGGGCCCACGGCAACCACACCCUUCAAGGACAGAGCUUAAAGGGGCGGGACUUCCUGUCUGAGCAGCCUUUGUGCCUCCGGAAGAGCUGAGUAGCGGUUAACGUCGGGCAUCCAGCGAGGACGCACUGCAACUGGAGCUGAUAUUGAGCUUAAGAAGAAAAUAUAAAAGAGUUUGGAAAGAACUGUUCCCCGGAACUCAGCAUUUUACGCCUUGAGGCACCUGAGUUCUCGCCCGCAUUUAAAGUAUUCCUUCCUCUAUAUUUUUGGUAAGAUGGCUGAUCCUUGGCAGGAAUGCAUGGAUUAUGCUGUAACCCUAGCAAGACAAGCUGGAGAGGUGGUUUGUGAAGCUAUAAAAAAUGAAAAGAAUGUUAUGCUGAAAAGUUCUCCAGCUGAUUUGGUUACUGUUACUGACCAAAAAGUUGAAAAGAUGCUUAUUUCUUCCAUAAAGGAAAAGUAUCCUUCUCACAGUUUCAUUGGUGAGGAGUCUGUGGCAGCUGGGGAAAAAUGUGUCUUAACCGACAACCCCACGUGGAUCAUUGACCCUAUUGAUGGAACAACCAAUUUUGUACAUAGAUUUCCUUUUGUAGCUGUUUCGAUCGGCUUUGUUGUAAAUAAAAAGAUAGAAUUUGGAGUUGUGUACAGUUGUGUGGAAGAUAAGAUGUAUACUGCCAGGAAAGGAAAAGGUGCCUUUUGUAAUGGUCAAAAACUACAGGUUUCAAAACAAGAAGAUAUUACCAAAUCACUCUUGGUGACUGAGUUGGGCUCUUCCAGAAUACCAGAGACUGUCAGAAUUAUUCUUUCUAAUAUGGAAAGGCUGUUUUGCAUUCCUAUUCAUGGGAUCCGGAGUGUUGGAACAGCAGCUGUCAAUAUGUGCCUUGUGGCAACUGGAGGAGCUGAUGCAUACUUUGAAAUGGGAAUUCAUUGCUGGGAUGUUGCAGGAGCUGGAAUUAUUGUUACUGAAGCUGGUGGAGUGUUACUGGAUGUUACAGGUGGACCAUUUGAUUUGAUGUCACGAAGAGUAAUUGCUGCAAGUAGUAGAACAUUAGCAAAAAGGAUAGCCAAAGAAAUUCAGGUCGUCCCUUUACAACGAGAUGAUGAAUAAUUACAACAGCCUCACACUCAGUCACUGUUGCUUUUCCCCACACUUGCUGACUUGCUGAGGGAUAUCUGUUUCAGAUGUAUGAUACGCUUGGUUUAAAUUGUCUUUGUCAAGAUUAAAAAAUUGGAACACAGUCCAUGUUUACUAAGACUAUGUAAAAAGAGCUAUAAUAUUUGUUUCAUUGUUUUAAAAAAUUCUGCAUGUGAGAAUGUAUUUUAGGAAAAAUGCACAGGAAGUACAGUUCAUCAGAUAAGGAGGACACCAACUGAAAAAAUCAAUUAGCAAUUUUGCAUUUCUGAGUACUUGUGGUCCUCUGGAAUUUUGACUUAUGAUAUUUGUAUACAUACACACAGAUACUCAGAAAGUUACCUUUUUGGAAAAAUAUUUCUUUUUAGUUUUAAAAGCCAUGUUUAUUUAAAUCUUUAAGGAUAUAAUGAGUACUUCCUAGACCUUAAUUUUUCUCUUUGCAGAGAACCUUACUUAUUUUAUUCAUCAGUGUCUACAUAGCACCUAGUAUAGUACCUAUGAAAUAGAAGGCAAUCUACAGACAUCGUAAGGAUGAAUAAUUUGAAGGAAACAUUUUUUAGUUAUAAUAGAUACAUAAAGUAAUAAGCUCCCACUAUUCUGUAUUUUUGCUUUAGGUUUUGAAGUAAAAAGUGUCUAGUUCUCUUUCUAACAUUACACAUUACCUUACUAUACUGCAUUAUAGAUAGCAUUGCCUGGCCAAACCUGGUGGUUCACGCCUAUAGUUCCCACCCUUUGGUAGGCCCAGGCAGAAGUAAAAAACUUCUAGUUCUCUUUCUAACAUUACACAUUACCUUACUAUACUGCUAUACAGAUAGCAUUGUCUGGCCAAACCUGGUGGUUCAUACCUAUAGUUCCCACCCUUUGGUAGGCCCAGGCAGAAAGAUUGCUUGAAGCUAGGAAUUCAAGACCAACCUGAAAAACAUGGUGAGACCCUAUCUCUACAAAAAAUAGAAAAUUUAACCAGGUAUGGUGGCACAUGCCUGUGGUCACUACUCCAGAGGCUGAAUCAGGAGGAUCACUUGAGCCUCAAGAGUUUGAGGUUGCAGUGAGCUAUGAUGAUGUGACACCCGUGCACCCUAACUUGGGCAGCAGAGCAAAGCCGUGUCUCAAAUACCAUUGUUUAUCAUUUCUUCAAUGAAUGCAUUUUCCAACCACUUUUUCAGUGUGUUUGGAUUUGCUUUAAAGUCCCUGAUGUGCAACAGAAUAAAACUGUUUCCAAAAAGCACUCUCCUCAGGUAUCUGAUAUAAUUAGAUAGAGUAUAACAUUUUACUCGAUUCAACAUUCAUGUCUUAAAGAUGUUUACACUAAUUUGUUCGUGCUGGCAAAUACUGUGCUGUUGAUAUUGAACUACUUGUUUUUUCCAGACUCCUUGUUUAACUUCACUACUAGGUUCUAAUCAGCCUUUAAAUGGUCUUCAAUAGUCUUUGGCCUACUAGACUCAAAAAGAAAAUUGCGCUGGUUAUAGGUAUUUUUAAAGGAUGAAUUUAUUGUUUAGCCUCGUUCCUCAUCAUGUGAAAUUGACAUGACAACUUAAUUUUAUUAUAAGUUUAUGUGAGGCCUAUGUUUGAUAAAAUGAAAAGUGCUUCUAUAAACUUCAAGCAAGGUAGAGAAUUACUGUUGCAUACAUGUAGCAGAAUGUUAAGUGUACAUGAUGGUAAGGUUUGAAUACUAUAAUUACUGUAGUGGGAUGGUUGCAUCUGAUACUUGUAUUAUUCUAUGAUAGGUUGUUUUUUACAAUGAAAUUUAUUUUAAUUAAGACAACCAUAAAUAAAAUUUUAAAUAAAAAGUG